AUGAAGCCUUCUUUUGUUAUUCUGCCUCUCUCCCUCGUUCUCCCAGGUGUCUUUGCUGCAUGCAAAACAAAUGAGAAAUACUGCGGUAAUGGCCUAACAGACCAGCUAGGGUACCGCAAGGAACAGGUCCUAUCUGCAGCGCAAAAAAAUAAAGAUUUGCCGCCUGAUGCCAGAAGCGAAGACUGGAUGAACGUCAUAUUCAACUGUGUUGAUGGUGAAAACAUUGAGGCGCUUUACUAUUGUGGCGAACCUGAUGUUUGUGACCCAAAGCAUAAGGAUGGGACCGGCGCUGUAUGCCAAUUUGCCUUUUUUCCUGAUGAUGAUGAUGAUGAUGAUUAUUAA